UGCUCGCGGCCGGCUCGGGGCGGGUGGUUACAGUCGGUGCUGCGGGGCCUUGUUGCUGCGCCACAGGCGGAGGCGGAGUUGGAGGCGAUGGCGGCGGCGGCGGCGGCGGCGGCGGUGACGGUGAAGGCCUACCUGCUGGGCAAGGAGGAGGCGGUGCGCGAGAUCCGGCGCCUGGCCCUGCGCCCCCCGCUGCGCUACCAGCCGCUGCGCGACCGCCUGGCCGAGCUCUUCCCCGUGCUGCUGCGGCCCGGCGCCGGCGCGGCCUGCCGCCUGCACUACCGCGAUGAGGACGGGGACAUGAUCGCCUUCUCCAGCGACGAGGAGCUGGAGCUGGCCUGGCCCUACGUGAAGGACGGCAUCUUCCGCGUCUACAUUAAAGAGAAAAAGGAGUGCAGGCGUGAACAUCGCCCACAGUGCAGCCAGGAGCAGCCCCCAAAUGUGGUGCAUCCCAACGUCAUCUGCGAUGGCUGCGAGGGACCGGUGGUGGGCGCUAGGUUCAAGUGCACUGUCUGUCCAGACUAUGACCUGUGCAGCACCUGUGAGGGAAAAGGCCUCCAUAAGGAGCACAACAUGGUCAUGUUCCAGAGUCCGUUUGAGUGGUUCCCACGAGGUCGCUGGCUACGUAAGAUGAGGCACGGUGCUCCUCCCUUUGCCUGGAUGCAUAGCUGGGGGUAUCCAACUCCUUCAGCUCCGUGCCAGAACUCUGGGCAGGAGCAAGCCAGUACGGCACCGGAAAAUCCAGCCCCUGAGCAAGAGCCCUCUACUAACAGCCAGCCUCAGGACCCCAAUGUCACCUUCCUAAAGAAUGUCGGGGAGAGUGUUGCAGCCUUUCUGAGUCCCCUGGGCAUUGAGGUAGAUAUUGAUGUGGAACACGGAGGACAAAGAAGCAAAGUGACCCCCACCUGCCCUAGCUCCAAGAAGAGUGAUGCUGACUCUGCGGGCAGUCCCACUACUCAGAACAGCCAGACCAAACAGGAAGGGAGCAGCACAGAACCUGCCCCAGAAAACAGUGCUAUUGCAGAGCAGAUGCAGGAGAUGGUGAUCGACUCUCCUCUGGCACAGAUGGAAGACAGCAGCUUCCAGUCUCAGUCCUUAGAACAGAGCGAUUCCAGUAGCAACUCAGCAGUUGAUGAGGACUGGACCCACUUAUCUUCAAAAGAAGUAGAUCCCUCAACAGGUGAGCUGCAAUCUCUACAAAUGCCAGAGACAGAUGGUCCCAGCUCUCUGGACCCAUCUCAGGCUCCCCCUACAUCAGGGCCUACUGGAUUGAGAGAGGCUGCACUGUACCCACAUCUCCCACCAGAAGCAGAUCCUCGCCUGAUAGAAUCUCUGUCCCAAAUGCUGUCCAUGGGCUUCUCAGACGAGGGGGGAUGGCUCAGUCGUCUCCUGCAGGCAAAGAACUGCGACAUCGGGGCGGCAUUGGAUGCCAUCCAGUAUUCCAAGCAACCACCGCACUCUUAACACUUGCUAUGUAAUCUAAAGUACUUACCUGCAGUCUACGAGAAGCUGAACUUGUAUGACAGCUCAACCGUUGUUCUCCCUCUAUCAAGGGUCUUGUAUCUGUACUUGGUCUUUCUGUAAGUGCUCAGUAGAACAAAUAAAUAUCACUUCCUGCCUUUAAUUUA